AUGAAUACCAUCGAGAUCAUGCGGCGGGUAUUUGCUCAGCAUGGGGUUUGUGUAGAGCUCGUGUCUGAUAAUGGAAGACAGUUUGUGGCUGAGGAAUUUAAAGAGUUCAUGACCCAAAAUGGUGUAAAGCAUAUACUGAUACCCGCUUAUCACCCAAGCAGUAAUGGGCAGGCCGAAAAUACAGUAAGAACAUUCAAACAAGGAAUGAAAAGGGCGAUGAGAACAUUGCAAUCGUGUAAUACAUCUUUAAAUACCAAGUUGUGUCAAUUUCUACUGACUUACCGAACUACACCUCACUGUACAACAAAGCGCACGCCUGCAGAGCUCAUGGGUCGGCAGUUACGCACUCGCCUUGAUUUACUACACCCAGAUGCAUCUCAGCGAAUUGAAAGAAAAGCUUCAGAGAACGAGAAACCAAUGAUGGAACUCGAUAUAGGGGACGUGGUACUGGUUCGGGAUUAUCGUCAAAACACCAAGAAGGGCAUAUGGACUCGAGGAGUUGUGGUUCUUAAAUUGGGUCCAUGCACAUACAAUGUACAAGUGGACGGUAACUUAAUAUGGAAGAGGCAUAUUGAUCAAAUGAGACUGAUCUCCAAUGAUUCUCAAGAUAACAAAAAUGAACUUUUAGCACGUGAUUUUUUAGAGUUGGUCAGCUAUCCAGACCCGCCAUUACCAAAAGAGUUCAUAAAUACUCGUGAAUAG